AUGUCUGGAUCGGGGAAAAUCACCAUCUCCAUUGACCGUGGUGGCACGUUCACCGACGUCCACGCCAUCGUCCCGGGUCGCCCGGAUAUCAUCCUCAAGUUACUGUCGGUCGACCCAGCACACUACCAAGAUGCGCCCACGGAAGGCGUUCGCCAGAUUCUCGAGCUCGUCACAGGCGAACCUCACCCUCGAGGUCGACCGUUGAAGCUGGAUCGGAUUGGCUGUCUCCGCAUGGGAACGACCGUCGCCACAAAUGCCCUGCUGGAGCGGAAAGGCGCCCGCUCCGUCCUCUUCACCACCAAGGGCUUCCGAGAUCUGCUCAAGAUUGGAGACCAGUCGCGUCCGAACAUCUUCGAUCUGUCCAUGGCCCGGCCGGGGGUCCUGCCCGAAGGAGUGGUCGAGGUCAAUGAGCGCGUGGUUCCCUGCCACCCGUCCGCGGAUAAGGACGCCUUUGCCGGCGCCCGCGUUGUUGAGGGUGUCACAGGGGAGAAGUUCCGCGUGGUGCAGGAGCUGUACCUGGAGGAAGUCCGCAGGGAGCUGCAACGGUUGAAGGAGGAGGGAUACCAGUCGCUCUCGGUGGCGCUGGUGCAUUCGUUCGCGUACCCCGAGCACGAGCGCCAGAUCGGAGAGCUCGCCGAGAGCAUGGGCUUUUCCGUGACGCUGUCCUCCAAAUUGCAGCCUAUGAUUAAGAUCGUGCCGCGGGGCAUGUCCGCCGCGGCUGACGCCUAUCUCACGCCCGUUAUCAAGACAUACAUCGACUCCAUCUCGUCGAGUUUCGAAGGCGGCCUCGAGAGCCAGCACGAGUGCCGGUUUGAGUUCAUGCAGUCCGACGGCGGUCUGGUCGACUUCCGGAAAUUCAGCGGUCUGAAAGCGAUCCUGUCCGGUCCCGCGGCUGGUGUUGUCGGCUUUGCCGCCACCAGCUGGGAUCCCACGGAGAAGAUCCCGGUGAUUGGCUUCGAUAUGGGCGGUACGUCGACGGAUGUGUCGCGGUUCGAUGGGCAUUUGGAGCAUGUCUUUGGGUCUAAAGUUGCCGGUGUUCUCAUUCAGUCUCCGCAGCUCGAUAUCAACACUGUCGCGGCUGGUGGUGGCUCGAUCCUGUCGUGGCGCAACGGUCUGUUCUAUGUCGGACCUGAGUCCGCGUCAGCGCAUCCUGGCCCGGCGUGCUACCGCAAGGGCGGUCCGUUGACGGUAACAGAUGCCAAUCUGUUCCUGGGCCGUCUGUUGCCCGAGUACUUCCCGCACAUCUUCGGUCCCAACGAGGACCAGCCGCUUGAUCUCGAGGCGACGACGAAGCUCUUCACCGAGUUGACGCGGAAGAUCAACGCGGAACGCAAGCAGGCGGGUCAGUCGGAGUAUACCCCGGAGGAAAUCGCCCUUGGAUUCCUGAAGGUGGCGGACGAGUCGAUGGCUCGUCCCAUUCGCAAUCUCACCGAGGCCCGCGGUUUUGAGACGGCCUCGCACCAUCUGGCCUGCUUUGGAGGUGCGGGUGGUCAGCAUGCCUGCUCCGUUGCGGCGUCUUUGGGCAUAUCUCGUAUCAUCAUCCACAAAUACUCUUCCGUUCUCUCAGCAUAUGGUCUGGCGUUGGCCGAGGUGGUAAAGGAGUCGCAGGAGCCGGUCUCCACAGACUACAUCACCUCUCAAGCCACGCUGGACAAGCGCUUUGUGGACAUGACGGACGCCGCCACGGCGGAGAUGAAGACGCAAGGAUUCCCUGCCGAGCAGGUCCGUCACGAGCUCUAUCUGAACAUGCGCUACGAGGGUUCCGACACCAGCCUGAUGAUCCUGAAGCCGGAAGACGGCUCCGGGUUCCUCGAGCAGUUCCGUAUCCGCCAUCGUCGCGAAUUCAACUUCAACUCUGAACGCCCCGUGCUGGUCGAUGACAUCCGCGUGCGCACCAUUGCGUCGUCGAAGGUGCGCGAGGAGAAGAGUCCGCUGGUGCAGCUGAAGGAGGCCACCAUGCAGGAUGUAACGGCCGCGCCAGAUAACACCACCAAGGCCUUCUUCGACGGCUACUCCGACCGCAUCGACACCCCUGUGUACCUCCUCGACAAGCUGGACAAAAACACCCGGGUCCACGGUCCGGCCGUCAUCAUUGACAAGACGCAGACGAUCGUGGUGGCCCCCAACGCCGUUGCCAACAUCCUCGAGACCUGCAUUGUCAUUGACCUCAAGGAGAAGCAGGAGACGGCCGCCCCCGUCGUCAACGGCGUGUCGUCGCAGAUCGACCCCAUCCGUCUCAGUAUCUUCGGCCACCGCUUCAUGUCGAUUGCAGAGCAGAUGGGCCGCACCCUGCAAAAGACGUCCGUCUCCACCAACAUCAAGGAGCGUCUGGACUUCUCCUGCGCGCUGUUCUCCCCCGACGGUGGCCUCGUCGCCAACGCCCCCCACGUGCCUGUCCAUCUGGGCUCGAUGCAGUUCGCCGUUCGGUACCAGCACCAAAAAUGGCUAGGUAACCUGAAGGACGGCGACGUGCUGGUGGCCAACCAUCCCAGCUGCGGCGGCACCCAUCUCCCUGACAUCACAGUUAUCACACCGGUAUUCGACCGCCCCGGCGGUAGCGAGAUCAUGUUCUACGUGGCCUCGCGCGGCCACCACGCCGACAUCGGCGGUAUUCUCCCGGGCUCGAUGCCACCGAAGUCGACAGCUCUCUGGCAGGAGGGCGCAGCCAUCGAGGGCGAAAAGGUCGUCAGCAACGGCGUGUUCGACGAAGAACGCAUGAUCGAGCUACUGGUGCGCAAGCCCGCACAGUACGAGGGCUGCUCGGGCGCGCGCUGCAUCAGCGACAACCUGUCCGACCUGAAGGCGCAGAUUGCCGCCAACACGCGCGGCAUCUCGCUUAUCCAGAGCCUCUUCGCCGAGUACGGCACGGCCACCGUGCAGAAGUACAUGUACGCCAUCCAGGCGACGGCCGAGACCGCCGUGCGCAACCUCCUCAAGGACCUGCACCGUCAGUUCGGCGGGAAGCCCCUCGAGGCGGUCGACUACAUGGACGACGGCACGCCGAUCAAACUCAAGGUGACCAUCAACGGGGCCGACGGCUCCGCCGUAUUCGAUUUCGCGGGCACCGGGCCCGAGGUGUACGGCGGGUGGAACGCGCCGAUCGCCAUCACGCAUUCCGCCAUCAUCUACUGCCUGCGGUGCAUGAUCAACGCCGACGUCCCACUGAACCAGGGCUACGUCGUGCUGAAGGCGUUCCGCGCGUGCGCCGCGUCCCAGGGCUGCUGCAACAACCUCACCUUCGGUACGAACCCCAAGACCGACCCGGCCACUGGCGCCACCAUCCCCGGCUUCGGGUACUACGAGACCAUCGCGGGUGGCAGCGGCGCCGGCCCAACCUGGGACGGCGAGUCGGGUAUCCAUGUGCACAUGACGAAUACGCGGAUUACAGACCCCGAGAUUCUUGAAAAGCGGUACCCCACGCUGCUGAGGCAGUUUACGCUGCGCCCAGGGUCCGGUGGGAAGGGCCUGCAUCCCGGUGGGGAUGGUGUGGUGCGCGAUAUUGAGUUCCUGGCGCCGAUGGAGGUGUCCAUCCUGUCGGAGCGGCGCGUGCACCGGCCGUACGGACUGGAGGGCGGUGAAGACGCGCAGUCUGGUUUGAACUUAUGGGUGACGCGCGAUCAGGAGACGGAUGAGGAGAGGAUUGUUAAUAUUGGCGGGAAGAAUACCGUGUCCGUCAAGACGCACGACCGCGUGGUGAUUAUGACAGCCGGUGGUGGUGGUUGGGGUGCGGCAAAAUGA